CAAACAAAGCAGGAAGUUGGAUGUUGUUCUAGGCACAUACACUGGCUUUAUGAGUAUCUGGUUACUUUCCUGUGUUCGCUAAGCCCAGAGGUCAGAUGACUUCCUGGGAUGACAGCCAGCUUCCUCUUGCUGUUCCUCCGAGGGCUGGUUGGCAAACGCCUUCUUCUUCCUGUUCUCCCCUUAGUCUUGUAGUUUGCCUUCUUCGAUAGGGCAGAUAAAUUCUAGAGGCAAAAAAAAAAAAAAAAAAAAAAAAAAAAAAAAAAAAAAAAAAAAAAAAAAAAAAAACGAAAGUGAGAAUGCUAAGGUUGCCACUCUCACUUCCUCUCCCCCUUUAGCUCAGAACAUCUUUGAAUACAGUACUUGCAGAGGGGCACCCACCGGGAGAGAAGAGGUUGGUGCCCCAGGGACUCGGCCCUGCCAACGGUUCCAGUCAGUUCAUCAUGCUUUCUCAGGGCCUCCGCUGGUUGCAGAACAUGCCAGGAUGAUUCCUCCCUUCUGCCUGGCUGGGACACUGAUGAUGGCUUUGUUCCUCUCCUGCCUGAGACCGGAAAGCUUGGAUCCCUGUGUGGAGAUGUUGCUCACCUUUCCUGUUCUGGAUCUAGAAUCAAUCUCCAUUUCCCCUGAACCAGGCGAGGUAGAUCCUAACAUUACCUACCAAUGCAUGGAUCAGAAUCUCAACAAAAUCCCUGACAACAUCCCCUCUUCAGUCAAGAACUUAGAUCUGAGCUUCAACCCCCUGAAGACCUUAGGAAGCCAUAGCUUCUCUAAUUUUCCAGAACUUCAGUUGUUGGAUUUAUCCAGGUGUGAAAUUGAGACAAUUGAAGAUGACGCAUAUCAGGGAUUACAGCUGCUCUCAACCUUGAUACUGACAGGAAACCCUAUCCAGACUUUAUCCCAGGGAAGUUUUUCUGGACUAGAAAAUUUACAAAAUCUGGUGGCUGUGGAGAUAAAACUGGCCUCUCUAGAGAUCUUACCUAUUGGACACCUUAUAACCUUAAAGAAACUUAACGUGGCUCACAAUUUUAUACAUUCCUCAAAGUUACCUGAAUAUUUUUCCAAUCUGACUAACCUAGAACACUUGGACCUUUCUAAUAACUAUAUCCAAACUAUUUCCCACAAAGACUUACAGGUUUUACUUGAAAAUCCCCCGCACAAUCUCUCUUUAGAGCUUUCCUUGAACCCAAUUGACUUUAUUCAACCUCGAGCCUUUCAAGGAAUUAGGCUCCAUGAACUGACUCUAAGAAGUAAUUUUAAUAGCACAAAUGUAAUGAAAACUUGCCUUCAAAACCUGGAUGGUUUACAAGUCCAUAGGUUGAUCUUGGGAGAAUUUAAAAAUGAAAGGAAUGUAGAAAGUUUUGACCCCUCUGUCAUGGAAGGGCUGUGCAAUGUGGUCAUUCAUGAGUUCCGGUUAAUAUAUGCAAAUGAAUUUUCAGGUGAUAUUACUGAUUUCAAUUGCUUGGCAAAUGUUUCUGCAGUGUCUCUGUCAAACGUAUAUUUAGAACACCUAGAAGAAAUUCCUAAAUAUUUCAAAUGGGAAAACUUAACAGUCAUUAGAUGUGAACUUCAACAAUUUCCACCUCUGAAGCACCCCUUCCUUAAACAUUUGACUUUUACUACCAACAAAGGGACUACCAGUUUUAAAGAUAUGAAUCUACCAAACCUCACAUAUCUAGAUCUCAGUAGAAAUGGACUGAGCUUUAGAGGUUGCUGUUCUUAUGAUGAUUUUGGAACAAACAUCCUGAAACACUUAAACCUCAGCUUCAAUGGUAUCAUCAGUAUGAGUGCAAACUUCAUGGGUUUAGAACAGCUGGAAUACCUGGAUUUUCAGCAUUCCACUUUAAAGAAGGCCACAGAAUUCCCAGUGUUUUUAUCUCUUGAAAAAUUGCUUUAUCUUGAUAUCUCUCAUACUAGCACCAACAUUGACUUCAAUGGCAUGUUUUAUGGCUUGACCAGUCUCAACACCUUAAAAAUGUCUGGCAAUUCUUUCAAAGACAACACUCUUUCAAAUGUCUUCACAAAUAUGACAAACUUGACAUCCCUGGAUAUUUCUAAAUGCCAACUACAACAGGUAUCUUGGGGGGUGUUUGACACACUCCAUAGACUUCAGUUACUAAAUAUGAGUCACAACAAACUACUGAUUUUGGAUCCAUUCCAUUAUAAACAGCUGCACUCCCUCAACACUCUUGAUUGCAGUUUCAAUCACAUAGAGACUGUCAAAGGAAUACUGCAACAUUUUCCAAAGAAUCUAACCAUCUUCAAUCUUUCUAAUAAUUCUUUUGCUUGUACAUGUGAACAUCAGAACUUCCUGCAGUGGGUCAAGGACCAGAGGCUGUUCUUAGUGAACACUAAACAAAUGGCAUGUGCAACACCUGUGGAAAUGAAGGACUCCUUGGUGUUGGAUUUUAGGAAUGCCACCUGUUAUAUGCACAGGACCAUCAUCAGUGUGUCGGUGAUCAGUGUGCUUGUGGUAUCCACUAUAGCAUUUCUGGUUUACAAAUUCUAUUUUCACCUGACACUUAUUGCUGGCUGUAAAAAGUACAGCAGAGGUGAAAGCACCUAUGAUGCCUUUGUCAUCUACUCCAGCCAGGAUGAGGACUGGGUGAGAAAUGAGUUGGUAAAGAAUUUAGAAGAAGGGGUGCCCCCCUUUCGGCUCUGCCUACACUACAGAGACUUUAUUCCUGGUGUAGCCAUCGCUGCCAACAUCAUCCAGGAAGGCUUCCACAAGAGCCGAAAGGUAAUUGUGGUGGUGUCUAGACACUUUAUCCAGAGUCGCUGGUGUAUCUUUGAAUAUGAGAUUGCUCAGACAUGGCAGUUUCUGAGCAGCCACUCUGGCAUCAUUUUCAUUGUCCUGGAGAAGGUGGAGAAGUCGCUGCUGAGGCAACAGGUGGAGCUGUAUCGCCUUCUCAGCAGGAACACCUACCUAGAGUGGGAGGACAAUGCUCUGGGGAGGCACAUCUUCUGGAGAAGGCUUAAAAAAGCUCUGUUGGGUGGGAGAGCCUGGAAUCCGGAGGAAACAGCAGAGGAAGAAAACAAUCAACAAGAAGCAACAACUUCCACCUGAGGAGGAUAAAACUCUGGGUCCAACACUUCUGUUUACAAGUAUUAAAUGUUACAGCUCAUCAGGGGUUCUGCUGUAGGCAAGGAUCCCAUGGUACACAAGGUACCAAAAGUCUGGUAACCUCAUGGAACUUACAGAGCAGAAAGACAUAAUACUGUGGAUCAAACUCCAUACCUUCCAGGUGUGGAAGUUUAACGAACUCUGGCAAAGAAUCAUAAUCAAGAAUCUCAACUCCUAUCGUAUCAAACUGAAGAAGAGGCUAAGCCCCAUUGAGAGUAGGAAAAGGAGCAUUAGUCUUCCCUUGACCUUUUGAAUACAAAAUAUAUCAUAUACUGUGUUUCAACUACCUUAAGUGAGUUUUGGUAGUUUCAACUGAACAAAAUGUUUGCUUACUUUCCUGUUUUUCUACUAAAUACAAUUAAAUUUCACUGGUUCUCUUUGAGUGCCUCUGAUUCAAAGUUCAUCUUCCGUUUUGUGACUUUUCUUGUAUAUCUAAUUCUUCAGGAAACCUGAUUAAUACAUACUCACAGACAUCCUGGCCAAUAUUUAGUAUGUUGUAUUUAUUAAAUAAAAAUUCCUAAUAUACUUUCAUUUUUAUGAAUUUAGUUAUCAUUUUUCAUGCCUUGUCUGUAUACUCAUAUCAUAAAUAAGACUGUUAGAGAUAUGCAAGAAACGCUCAUAUUUAACAACAAAUUUUCAAGCAAGUGUGUAUAAUAUACUCUGUAACUUUGUCAUUGAGUGUCAUUCUUAAAUUAUUACCUACUAAGUUAUGGAUGUCAGAGGCAAUGUUAAAAAUAAUUUGGUUGAUAGGGUAUUUUUAAUCGGGGGUGGGAGGGAGAAAGCAGAGAGGCAUACAGGAACAGAAAUCAGAUAACUUGAUCAUUUCUUGUUGAUAAUUUCAGAACCAUAGCUGCGUUGAAAUACAAGAUUUGCUGCAAUUAAUGUUCCUUUUCAGGAAGGACACUGUUUGAUAGGCUGGGAGAGCCCUUCAGGGAGUUGUGGAGAUCUGAAGUCUUUUCCCUUCAUCCUUUCCACUGUUGGACAUGCUUUGUGAGAUGAAGGAAUAUUGGGAGUACACCAUUGCUGCUUCUCGUUAGGUAUUGCCUUCUGAUGACAUUUAGGGAAGUAAGAUUUUAUCAUUAAGAAAACAGGACAAUCAAGGGGCUUCUUAGAAAAGUGUAUUUUUUUUUUCUACUCUCUCAUAAUGGCACAUUCCAAGAAAGGACAGUGAAGACAUUCUUAGGGAACUGCAACAUUCAAACCACAAUGAACUUUUAGUUUAUUCCAGUCAGCAUGACCACUGUGUGUGUUUGUGUGUGUGUGUGUAUAAAUAAAAUGGCAUGCAUACUUUG